UAUAAUAAAAGAAUAAUUAAUCUUAAAUUAUGGUGCAUAGAUUGAGAGCCUUUUAACCGAUAUAACGUUAAAACUAAUACCUAAUCUUAAAAAAUUUCACAGAUAAGUUCUAAGAAGUCAAAAUAACAAUCAUCAACAAUGGAGAAUAUCAUGCACUUCAUACAGAAAUGUAAUACAAUUCGGUAUACAUCUUACAGAACUGCUGUAAAAAUGCAAAUAUUACAUAGAGAAUUAAACAUGCAACGUGUACAAUUAGAAUUAAUAGCAGGAGUAUUUGAACGUCAUAGACUUUCCAUCACUGAAAAUUGUGUUAAUUUAGACCCAAGUGAGAUUGAAGAUGUAGUAUCUGAUAUUUAUUUUGCUACUCAGAAAGAAAAUAAUAUCAAUUUUGAUGUUGAACUUAUGACGAAACUUGCUACAACUUAUAUUCUAAAUACUUUUGACAAACAAAAUACUAGGAAUAUUUUAGUAUUUUCAGUAAAAGUUGCAUUGAUAUUAUUAAGUAAUGGUAGAUUGCAAGAAAAAUAUGGAUAUUUAUAUCAACAGUUAGCAGAUCAUAAUGCAUGCAUAUCUCGAGCUGGUUUACACACGUUAUUAACAAAUAUUUGCAAAAUAACAGAAAUGCUUGGUGAAAGUACAGCUUAUGGAUACGAACAGAUUCAGUCACACAUAGAAGCUUGUUUUAAAAAGUCUCAAGGUGGUAUAGGGGUUACAGAAGCAGAGUUUGCCAUGUGGAUCAUGCAGGAACCUCCUCUGCUGGUUUGGAUAACAACAUUUAAUCGACUAAAAACUGCAGAACAUAUUAUACAUAACAUCAAAUGUUCUUCAUGUAAAGUAUCGCCAGUACAAGGACCAAGAUAUACAUGUUUGAAGUGUACAGGAUAUCAUCAAUGUCAAGAAUGUUUUCUCUUUGGCAAAAUAUCAAACAAGCACAAGUUAAAGCAUCCAAUUCGUGAAUUUUGCACAAAGACUUCACAUCGCGAAAUUACAAAAUUGAUCAUUGAAUUGAUCAGGAAUAAACUGAAAUUAUGUUCUGUCAGAACAGUUGCUGUAGAAGAUACUGAUACUGUUAGUAGCAUAAGAUAUGUAGAUCACAGUUCAGUAAGAAGCACGAUUAAACGAAAAAUUCUCAGUGAUCCGCAGAAGGAAUUACAGAGCAUCAUAAUGCAUUUAGAAGAAGAAAAUCGACAACUGCAAAUCGAGUUGUUAGAUAUACAGGGAAUCAAAGCGGAAAGGCUUCAGCGUCACAGAGCGACUAUCGAAUCUCAGUUGCAACGAUUAAAAACACUUAAAAAAUAUUUAUUUGCCGAUAGUACUCACAUGUCACCGAUUAUUUCUCGUAUGCAAAGCACUCCGAUGUUACCACUCGUAUCAUCUAGAUUCACGCCUUUGGAAUUUGAAUUAAGUCCGAUUAUCAGACAAGAUAAUACAGAUGAAAGAAGUCAAUUAUAUCACAGAAAAAAUAAAUUAACUCCAGAUAGUCUUGAUACAUCAUUAUCUAUACAGCCUAUAUUUAUGAAAGAAAAUAAUGCCAGUAUUUUUCCUUGCAUCGAAGAGCCUUCUACAAGUUCUAAAUUCGAUAAUUUAGAAAGCAAUCGUAUAGAAUUAAGUACUUGGAUUGGAGGAACAAAGAGGCGAGAAUUAAAUCCAGUUCAAAAUGACUUCUCUCAAUGGCUAGUCGCUGGCAAUUCAAAUUGCAAAGAAAAUAAUUAUACAGUUAAUGUAGCAGUUCAUAAUAUAGAUAAUGACUCAUCAUUAGUAGUUUCUCAGUCUCCUGGCAUUCACAGAGAUAAUACUCCAUCUUCUUUGCAACGUCCUGAUAAACACUCUCAGCAUAGUAGCUUGCAAAAUAUUCAAGGCGAUCUUAAUGAUAUAUUAGACAGAUUGCAAAAUAUGGUUGCCAAUGAUUGUUUACUUGACGAAUCCUAUGAUGGCAAUGACAAUUGUAAAUUGAAACGUGCUGCCACAGAAAUGGAAGAUUUAUUAUCUGAUCUUAUCGAAGGUAUGGAAUCUCGUAAAAGUAAACUUACUACUAUUGUUUGAAAAUCGCUAAUUACACAUUUAGAUAUAAGAAAUUUUUACAUAAGAAAACACUAAUGAGAAUUUUCAUUGCGUUUACAAAUAAAACUUUGCUUUGUUCCUUUGAAGUUUUUCAGUAAAAAGUAUAUUUCUUUUUUUGUGUUUAUAAUUUUAUACUAAUAAUUUAUAAUAUAAUAAUACGCUU